AUGAAGAAACAAAACGAUCUCCUGCAAUGUGCGUGCGCUCGCGGUGCUGUAGAAGUUGCAGACUACGCUAUCACACUGGGAGCUAAAGUGCAAGGGUGCGACGCAGCUGGUGACGGGCCGUUAGCCCUAGCUGCCAGAGCUGGCCACACAGCUGUAACUGAUCUGUUGUUGGACAAAGGCGCUUACAUCGACGCUGUUAAUAAGGUUGGCAGAACAGCUCUACACGUAGCCUGUGAAGGUGGGCACUGUGUUACUGCUACACUCCUGAUAUCGCGUGGGGCCAGUAAAGAAGCAAGAGACAACUCUGGAAGAACCCCUCUACAUUUAGCUGCAGUUCACAGACAUACGGAAUUGGUGAGGCUGUUGUUGGAGAACGAAUGUCAAGUAGAUGCGGCAGAUAACAAUGGUGUAACGGCUUUGCAAAUGGCCUGCGCGCAGGGCUGCAGAGGGAUCGUUGAGCAUCUAUUGGCGUUCGGAGCCAACGUGCAUUUGCAAAAUAAUGUCGGAUCGACGGCUCUGCACGCGGCUUGUGCAGCAGACGCGAAUGACAUCGUCGAAUUACUGAUGGCCCAUGGAGCAGAUCCCUCACUUACCGAUCAGUGGUCCCAGUCUCCCAUGAGUGUGGCAGGUGGAGCUGCUGAGGGUCCUCCUGAAGGCUUCAGACGGGCUGCCAGGGGGUCUUUUUCCGCCAUCUUGGAUCUGAUCACUGCAACGGCUAACUUGGAUUUCCAUCAGGAUCAUUCCGAUGGAUCAACGACUCCCCGCACAGACGACAAAUCUGGUGGACACUCACCGGCCGCCACUGAAGGCUUGGGAACGACAGCGAAAGGUGAUGGUCAGCCACUACCCUUUUAGAUCGUCUCUCCCAACGAGGAUUUGCAGCAGACACUCGCCUUGCUCUGCCUCCUACAGGUUGCGCUCGGUACAGAGAACUUUGCUACCGUGCAGCGCAUGCCCAUCUCCCAGAAGACACAGCGCCGCGUCCUUGCGACUGCGCAAAUUGCUCCGCUCGACGCAACUCUACGACCGAUCCAUGAAAUUUGUCGCCAGUUCGUCCCACCUACGUCAUGACCCGACCCAUCCCUGCCGUACCCUGUUUGUGGGCGCGACGAACUAACGAUAACAAUCAUUAAAAUGCUUGGAUAGGAUUCUUCCCGAUGCAGAUUUUAUUGUUGUAAUAAGAAAACACCCAUGUUCUUUUAGUAACAAUUUGUUAAAAGUGUAACGUGAAAUGUAGUAGAUAUUCAAAACGAAUCAAUUGUUCCAUGUCGGUAAUAGGUCUCUUAGAACCUCAUGACAAAUGGGGCAAGUUUGAAAUUGAUAUUAGCAAGAUUGGCUUUACUAUAAUAGAAAUACAUACUAUGCUAUAAUUUAAUAGUAGGUCAAUAGGUUACCCAGGGCUCCGAAAUACAAUGAAAAUUGUUGGGUACUCUUUACAAAUUUCGAUAAUAUCGCACUGCUAUUACAAGUGUUGUAACUCAAAAUAUAUGAAAUUCGAAAUUAUACUAUUUCUGAACGUAAAAUUUUAUUCUCUACACGUCGA